AGUCUCUUUUAAGUGCUAUUAUUAUUGGGUGCAAUGCCACCCGUUAAGAAUCCGGUGUUUUUUGUCAUUGGGUCUACCGGUACAGGCAAAUCAAAGGUAGCCGUGCACUUAGCUCAAGAGUUAAAAGGCUCCUACGGAUACCAAAAUGUUGCGAUAGUCAACUGUGACGUUUACCAGUGCUUCGACGCUCUCCCCAUCUCCACCAAUAAGCCAUCUGCUGAACAACUAGGAAAUGUACCUCAUGCGUUCCUAGGGUUUCUUGAGGCCGAUGGGACUUUGUGUGCCUCCAGAGCAUACCCUUCACCAACAGAGGCUGCAGCGCAUGCCGCGGCAUCAAGCGCGCUGAAGCAGGAGAAGAUUUUUAACGUGCACACUUACGAAAAAAUGGUGACUUCAUUUAUCUCGGAGUAUUUUCAACAACACGAUGGGGCGGCACUUAUUGUCUGCGGCGGAACAUGUUACUACGUUCAAGCACUGCUUUUUUCCAACUCUCUCGUGCAUGACGUUGAUGCUACCGCACCAGAUGAUACGAAGGAAGGCCGUGAUGGAGUCGAAAAUGCAUGGGAGCGUCUCCACGAAAUCGACGCCGAUACGGCGUCUCGCUACCACCCCAAUGACUCUCGUAGAAUAAAGCGAAUGCUUGACAUUCACAAGAAUACCGGACAAAAACCAUCCAUUAUUUUCGAAGAGCAUGAGACGCAAUUGCGCUUUGAUUGCUGCUCCGUUUUUGUUAUCUGGACACACAUGGAGCGGCCGCAUCUAGACAGCGCAUUGAACCAACGAGUAGACGAGAUGCUCCACCGCGGUAUGAUUGACGAGGUUCGUGGUUUUUGGGCAGCAUUUAAAGGGAACCCGCCACACAGCAGCUUAACAGAGGCUAUCGGGUGUAAAGAAUUUCUGAGGUUGCUUGCGGAGCAUAAUUCGUCACAGGUGAAUGAGGCGGAGCUAAAAACUGCGGUGGAGCAAGUGAAAGCCAAUACCCGCCGCUACGCACGACAGCAAGAGCGAUGGAUCAAAAAUCGUCUCAUUAGACUUUUGCAAACGACCGCUCUUAAAGAGCAGUGGACUCAUUUCGUUGUGUUUCCGACAGACCAAGGAAACGGUGCGCUACUCAACAUAAGUACCCUCCUGCAGACAUUUUUCAUUGCGCCUUGUGAUAAUGUCGCAGGAGAUCUUGAAUAUCCUUUGAAGGAGGAGGUGCGCACGCAGGCACCUGUGUGUCAAGAGAAAUGCGCUAUUUGUGGCCUGCUCGUUUACGGGAGAGGGCAAAUGGAAGCGCACCUCAAAUCAAAGCGCCACCGUGGUGCUCUGCGGCGCCUCGCUCUGGAAAAAGAGCAAAGAGAAGUUUACGGUCGAAAACUACCUCCACCAAAGAGAAAGCGAGGCUUCUAA